CUUCACCCUGACAGAUGCGGGCGCGUGGUGUGUGCCUGUCACGGGGUUUGUCAGCUGUCGGGUGACACAGGAAACGGGAAGAUGGCGGCGGGGUAUAGCGAGCUGCUGAUCGGAUGGUGCAUCUUCGGGGUGAUCUUACUGGCUAUUUUGGCUUUUUGCUGGAUAUAUGUUCGAAAAUAUCAAAGUCGUCAAGAAAGUGAAGUGGUUUCAACGAUUACAGCAAUCUGUUCACUCGCUAUUGCUCUGAUCACCUCUGCUCUGCUGCCUGUGGACAUUUUCCUUGUUUCUUAUAUGAAGAAUGAAAAUGGCACAUUUAAGGAAUGGGCUGAAAAUAAUGCCACGCGAUUUCAGAUUGAAAAUACAGUCUUAAUUGGUUAUUACACAUUAUAUUCAAUUAUUCUGUUCUUUGUGUUUUUGUGGAUCCCCUUUGUCUAUUUUUACUAUGAGGAAAAAGAUGAAGAGGACCGAAGUCACUGCUCACAAAUCAACAGUGCUCUUAAGUAUACUUGUGGAUUCGUAUUAGUGUGCGCAUGUCUCCUCCUGAUUGGAGCAUUUGUUCCACUGGAUAUUCCUACAAAUAAAAAUAUCACCGAGUUUGAUAAAAUCAAGAUACUAUUUCAAGAACUUGGUAGCAGUCAUGGUUUGGAUGCCUUGUCAUUUUCCAUUAGUUCCUUGACCUUGAUAGGAAUGUUGGCAGCGAUCACCUACACAGCUUAUGGGAUGUCAGCCCUACCUUUAAACUUAAUUAAAGGUACAAGAAAUGUACACUAUGAACGUCUGGAAAACACUGAAGAUCUUGAAGAGGUGGAAGAGCAAAUUGAAAGAAUUAAAUCAAAGUGCAAGGAUGGCAGACCAUUAUCGAGCAAGGAUAGGCAGAGUUUGUACAAACUUGAAGAAAAAGCCAAAACACUAAAAAGGAGAGAGAGACAUUUGGAGUUUCAUGAAAAGAGUUGCUGGACAAAAUGUUGUAUUGCCAUGCGACCAUUUAAGAUUAUGUGGGGUAUAUUCUUUAUCCUUGUGGCCCUUCUGAUGAUAAUUUCACUUUUCCUUUCUAAUCUGGAUAAAGCUCUUCACUCUGCCGGCAUUAAGUCAGGAUUUAUAAUCUUUGGUACAAACAUAACAAAUCCAUUGAAUCUACUUCUCCCAGUUUUGCAAAGGGUUUUUCCACUGGACUAUGUGUUGAUCACAGUCAUUAUCAUGUAUUUUGUGUUUACGUCCAUGGCUGGCAUUCGACAUAUGGGAGUAUGGUUCUUUUGGAUGAGGCUGUACAAGAUAAGAAGAGGACGGACAAGACCUCAAGCUCUUCUAUUCCUCUGUAUGAUCCUUCUAUUAAUUGUUCUGCACACAAACUACAUGAUUUACAGUUUGGCACCUCAAUAUGUCAUGUAUGGAAGCCAAAAAUAUCCAGUACAGAGCAAUAACAGUCUAGAGGUCAAUAUGGGAAAUUCAACAAUAUUUCAUUCUGUAGAUUGCAACACAAAUGCCCCCGAAGAUCAUUGUACGAUAACUCGAACAUACUUGUUUCUGCACAAGUUUUGGUUCUUCAGCGCUGUCUAUUACUUUGGAAACUGGAUAUUCAUUGGGAUUUUCAUUAUUGGACUGAUUGUAUCCUGUUGCAAAGGAAAGAAAUCUGUUAUUGAAGGAGAAGUAGAGGAUGAUGACUCAGACUUAAGUGAUGAUGAUCUUCCAUAUGCAUAGAUCUAAAAUUUGCAUUCAUCUCUGGGA